AUGGUCAAUAUUGAAGUGCUUUCAUUAAGCGUUAAUCGGGUUGAAACACUACAACCUCUACGUAACUGUUCUCGAUUAGCGGAAUUAUAUUUGCGGAAAAACAACAUUCAAAGCCUUACCGAACUCGAAUAUCUCAAGGACCUGCGGAAUCUCCGAGUGCUGUGGAUUGACGAGAACCCAUGCACCCGAUCAGGCGAUUACCGUCAUCGUGUCCUACGGCUAUUGCCUCAAUUAACAAAACUUGAUGAUAGACCGGUGACCCUAGAUGACCAUAUGGAAGCGCAGCAGGACGAUUCCGCUCCUGAAUGCGACAUGCACGCCAGCAUGAUGAGUCUACACAGUGCACGUAGCUCGAGAGCAGGCAGCAGUGUGACCCUCCACGAUCCCAUGACCCAAUCAUUCUAUGGCCGGGCAAUCGUGGACACAGUCAUGCAACCGCAAAUGGUCAGUUACGGGGAUGCUUCGGAUGAGGAACGGCUUCCACCACCACGAGACCCACAAUCACUGCGGGUCUCCCGACUUAGUCUGAUGAGCCAGUCUGUGCAUCCGUCGCUGAUGACCCAAUCCAUCUAUGAGCCAGCAACCGAGGACCGUGACGAGGAGUGGGCCGACUUCAGCCUCGAGGAGGACACUCGGCCGGUUUCAAUGGAUGCGAUAGCUAGUCGGAUGUGCAUGUCUAUGCAUGAAGCACGACAGCGCCCAGCCAGUAGCUCGUACAGUCGGAGCGUCAGUGCUCCACGGAGGCGUCUUCAGGCUCGAAAGGAGUCAUCACGAAGUCCGGCUCGGGAUAUGCGUACAGACAAAAUCAUGUCGGCGGUUUCCGUUUUGCUGGACGAACUGGAUGCUGACGGUUUGCGGGCCGUUAUCGAGCAGGCUCAAGAGCGUAUGAAGAAACGUUGGUGA